GAAUAGGUCUACGGAUCGGCGGAUUUGGUAAAUAUUUUAUCCCGGAUUCUGGAUUCAGAGCGAAAUUUCAACGGAUCUGCGGAUCCUAUGAUCACAGCGGAUCGCGGUUUUAUCCAGUUUCUGGGCCCGGAUUUUGGAUUUUGGUUGUUAGGAAGUUCGGAUCGUGGAUCUCAACGUUUCCCCGGAAAUUUCCCUGUGCCGGAUGUCACGCAGUGGAGAAAAUGACUAACAAUAGUGACGCACUUCAGCGUGACGGUUCCGUGAUGGCCGUGACGAAAGUUACCUCCCACCCGCGUGGGCCCUCUCAUCUUUCAGAUCUUUGGUCAAGGGUCAAAUCAUCAUGAAAGCGUGGGCACAUGUCACUACCGAGACCGGUUUCAUUCAGUUGUGACCAGUUGUCGAUUGUCUACUUUGUGUUGCAGGACUUGUAGUGUAUAAUGAUGUAAGUAAUGGUCAGUGUUAUGGAGUUGAAAACGAUAGAAUGCGUUGCAUUCUUUUACAACGAAGGAGCCAAAGGCGAUGACUUCAUACAAAAAAAUAAAUUUCGCUGCCAAGUAGAUUCCGUCACAACGAAAAGUCUAGUGAAGCUCCGAAACCAUGUGCGUGAAUUUGCUGCAUUGGACUCGACAGCUAAAGAGCUUGGUAUAGGCGAGAAUAUUGCUGUCAAACUUAAUAGGGGUUCUCGUAUAUCUGGACGCCAGGAAAGAUACACCAUUGAUACUGACAAACAGUUGGAACUUGAAAUUCCCUCGAUAUUAAAUGGCGUUGAUAAGCUGUUAAUCAUUAUUCACCCAGUUAAGUUGUUGUUUGGUAAGAAAGUUCCCACAAUCGUCAUUGGCGCCAAAAGUAACGAAAGGAUCGGUCGUGCAUCAGCUAACAUUCCACAGAAGUCACAGAAAGUACCAUCUAAAGUUCUUUCGGAUGAACAAGUUCAACAACUAAAUGAAGCGCAUUUUGAUCUAUGUAAAGGGAAGUCUUCAAGAUUGAAGAAAGUCACACAAAUGCAGUCAGUGUUAAAAUUUACACAGACCGUAAAGAAAAGGGGAGCACCUGAAGCCUCAGAGGCGGGAUGUUCAAGCAAAAUGCCAAAACCCUCAGAAGACUCUGAUGUUGAUAACUCAGACAGAGAAACAGAAGCCAUGAUGGAAAAUGAUAUUGAUUGGAGUGAUGAGGGUUCAGAGAGUGCAGAGAGUGCAAAGUCUACCGAAAAUGAGAGUCAGUUUGAAGACAGUAGCGGUGAAGAGGCACAAGAAAAUGUUAAUAGUCUAGUCGAAGAAGGCAAAAGUGAGAUUGAUAGUGAUUUUGACCAAGACGACAAUACCUCCUUGCAGUAUGGCGUAGAGAUGGCUGACCCUGUGUGCAUCAAACUAAAUGAUCUAAUACGCAGGGGAAAAAUAGAUAGGUCCCAAAUCCUCUACAAAUUUUAAACGACGUACUAGAAA